GAGAGGAGAGGCGAGGAGGAGGAGGAGGGAGCAGGGAGCAGGGAACAACCUACCAUUUUAACACACUAAGAUCUAAAAAGUGCGAGAGGCCCAGAGCAGCAGCAGCAGCAGCAGCCCCGGCUCCUUCCCUCCCUCCCUCCCCAUGAAGAAGAGUUCCCUCCUCCUCCUCCUCCCGCUUCUCCUGCUCAGAGUUCCUGCCUCCAGCUGCCAGGGGGGACAGCCAGCCAGCAGCAGGAGGGGAGCAAGAGUGCUGAAGGAGGGCCAGUUUCCCCAAAAUUGGUUUCUUUACUGCAGGACUUCUCAGAACCUUUAAUAUGCUAAUGUGCAUUGUGAAUCUCCAAGAGGGGGAUAUGAUAUGCAGCAUUCUUGAAUACUUCUAAUGACAGGGAGCCCACUACCUCAUAAGCUGCAGUGAGAAGAGGAGUUUGUUAUUUUAAACGGAGGCUGAAGAAACUAUAGAAUUAGCAGACAUAAGAGAAAGUGGAGAAGGUGGAGGAUGGAGUUGCAGACUCUACAGGAAGCUCUUAAAGUGGAAAUUCAGGUUCACCAGAAACUGGUUGCUCAAAUGAAACAGGAUCCACAGAUAUUUUUUCUUUCCAAUCAGAAUGCUGAUUUAAAGAAACAGCUUCAUGAACUCCAAGCCAAAAUCACAGCUUUGAGUGAGAAACAGAAAAGAGUCGUUGAACAGCUUCGGAAGAACCUGAUAGUAAAGCAAGAACAACCAGACAAGUUCCAAAUACAGCCAUUGCCACAAUCUGAAAACAAACUACAAACAGCACAGCAGCAACCACUACAGCAGCUACAGCAACAACAGCAGUACCACCACCACCACGCCCAGUCGGCAGCACCCUCUUCCAACCUGACCGCUUCACAGAAGACUGUAACUACAGCUUCUAUGAUUACCACAAAGACACUACCUCUCGUCUUGAAAGCAGCAACUGCAACCAUGCCUGCCUCUGUUGUGGGCCAGAGACCUACCAUUGCUAUGGUGACCGCCAUCAACAGUCAGAAGGCUGUGCUCAGCACUGAUGUGCAGAACACACCAGUCAACCUCCAGACGUCUAGUAAGGUCACUGGGCCUGGGGCAGAGGCUGUCCAAAUUGUGGCAAAAAACACAGUCACUCUGCAGGUUCAGGCAACACCUCCUCAGCCCAUCAAAGUACCACAGUUUAUCCCUCCUCCUAGACUCACUCCACGUCCAAACUUUCUUCCACAGGUUCGACCCAAGCCUGUGGCCCAGAAUAACAUUCCUAUUGCCCCAGCACCUCCUCCUAUGCUUGCAGCUCCUCAACUUAUCCAGAGGCCUGUUAUGCUGACCAAGUUUACCCCCACAACCCUCCCUACCUCCCAGAAUUCCAUCCACCCCGUCCGUGUCGUCAAUGGGCAGACUGCAACCAUAGCCAAAACGUUCCCCAUGGCCCAGCUCACCAGCAUUGUGAUAGCUACUCCAGGGACCAGACUGGCUGGACCUCAAACUGUACAGCUUAGCAAGCCAAGCCUUGAAAAACAGACAAUUAAAUCUCACACAGAAGCAGAUGAGAAACAAACAGAGAGCCACACCAUCACUCCACCUGCUGCACCCAAACCAAAACGGGAGGAGAACCCUCAGAAACUUGCCUUCAUGGUGUCUCUAGGAUUGGUAACACAUGACCAUCUAGAAGAAAUCCAAAGUAAGAGGCAAGAGCGAAAAAGAAGAACAACAGCAAACCCAGUGUACAGUGGAGCGGUCUUUGAGCCAGAGCGUAAGAAGAGUGCAGUCACCUACCUGAACAGUACAAUGCACCCUGGGACCCGGAAGAGAGCCAAUGAGGAACACUGGCCAAAGGUAUGUAAGAUCAUUUUCCCCCUCUCUUCCCCCCACCCCUUUUCCCCUUUUGUUCCCUUCUCUUGGCAUAUAGGUCGUCCUCCAAAAUACAAUGCAGUGAUGGGGUUUGGAGCCCUUACCCCAACAUCCCCCCCAUCCAGUCAUCCUGACUCCCCUGAAAAUGAAAAGACAGAGACCACAUUCACUUUCCCUGCACCUGUUCAGCCUGUGUCCCUGCCCAGCCCCACCUCCACAGACGGUGAUAUCCAUGAGGAUUUUUGCAGCGUUUGCAGAAAAAGUGGUCAGUUGCUGAUGUGUGACACGUGUUCCCGUGUGUAUCAUCUGGACUGCUUAGACCCUCCUCUGAAAACGAUUCCCAAGGGCAUGUGGAUCUGUCCCAGAUGUCAGGACCAGAUGCUGAAGAAGGAAGAAGCAAUCCCGUGGCCUGGAACUUUGGCCAUUGUCCAUUCCUACAUCGCCUACAAAGCAGCUAAAGAAGAAGAGAAACAGAAGUUACUUAAAUGGAGUUCAGAUUUAAAACAGGAACGAGAACAGCUAGAGCAGAAGGUGAAACAGCUCAGCAGUUCUAUAAGUAAAUGCAUGGAAAUGAAGAACACCAUCCUGGCCCGGCAGAAGGAGAUGCACAGCUCCCUGGAGAAGGUGAAGCAGCUGAUCCGCCUCAUCCACGGCAUCGACCUCUCCAAACCCGUAGACUCUGAGGCCACUGUGGGGGCCAUCUCCAACGGCCCGGACUGCACCCCCCCUGCCAACGCCGCCACCUCCACGCCAGCCCCCUCCCCGUCCUCGCAGAGCUGCACAGUGAACUGUAACCAGGGGGAAGAGACUAAAUAACAGAGCCCUGCCAGGAGAAGCCACGGGAUCCCGGCGGCGAGGAGAGCAAAACACUGAAGACUCUAGAAAAGCAAAGCCGGAUUUCUUCUGGAAAGUACAGAAUUCUUUUGGUUCUUUGGUUCCAGAGAGAGAGAAGAUGCUUGUGCCAGGUGGCACCAGAGUUUGCCAAUUGAUCCUUCUUAUUCUGUGUGUACAUGCAAAGAUUGGACCAUGUUACAUGAAAUAGUGCCAGCUGGAGGUUCUUUGCCAGCACCAUGCCAAGUGAAAUAAUAUAUUUACUCUCUCUAUUAUACACCAGUGUGUGCCUGCAGCAGCCUCCACAGCCACGAUGGGUUUGUUUUUGUUUUGUUGGGUGGGGAGCAGGGACGGGCGGAGGGAGGAGAGCAGGUUUCAGAUCCUUAUUUGCCGAGCCGUUUGUUUAGGUAGAGAAGACAAGUCCAAAGAGUGUGUGGGCUUUUCCUGUUUCUAAACUUUCACUACUUAAAACCAAAAAAAGGAAAUCGAGAUUUCACCAACCCCAGUGCCCAGAGGAGGGAUGGGGAGGGAAUGGGAGGGAGCCGGGGUGGGAAAAGUAUAUCAAAUAAGCAGUAUUUCUUAUCAUGUGUGGUGGGCCACAGUGUGCGGAGAGAUGGGCACCAAGGACGGCCGUCGGGUUCUCUGAGCACGCGCUUCCCUGCCGUGGGCGCCCCACCGCUCCCCAGGUUCCUUCCCUGCUCUGGCAAAUGGGCGCGCGCCCCGUGGAUGGUGGGUCCCUUCCCUCUCCAAGAACAAGCAGAGCCAGGCUCAGUCAGCCCUUGCCCAGGGCAGGGAAGAAGGGUGUGUGUGUCGAGGAAGGAAAAAAGGUGGAUCAGUGAUUUUACUUGAAAACAAGCUCCAUCCCCUUUCUAUAUUUAUAAAAGAAGAUCCUGAGCGUAGCAGCACACGACCAGGUGUGUGUGGAUUGAAUGGAGACGUCUCUCUUUUUCUUUUUUUAAUUUUUGUUCUUUAUUUUCUUUUUUAAAAAGUUUUAUUUUAUUGUUUCUUUUACUUUUUUGGUAACAAAAACUAAAAUAAGGAAUAGAAAAGCUGUUUUUCAGGCUGACAGUCCAGUUAAGGGUAGUCGAGACCUUGCAUGGUAGAAUAGGAGCCAUAGUGUCAGUGAGGUCCAGUGAGUCUGUGUGAGUCCUUGUGUCAUCGUCGGGGCACUGUUUUUUAUGCAAGGGCAAAAUCUUUGUAUCCGGGGAAAACAACAACAACUUUUUUUUAAAUUAAAAAAGAAAAAUAAAAGAUAUUGAGGUCUUCCUAGUGUUACUUAAAUUAAGAUCAAGGUAAGAAACAUUGUAAAAAAAAUUACAAAAGUGCUAUUUGUUUCCUAAAAACAGUGAUUUCUAUUAAAAAAGGUGUCAGAACUGGA